AUGCCACCAUGUGCCCGUCUCUGGGGUGGAGUAGCGUCGCUGGCCGGUUUCAGGGGGCGGAAUGGAAGAAUAGAUGAGCAGCAGAGGUCCCGAAUAGCAGAGGAGUGGAACAGCAAAGGAGCAGAACAGCAGAGAGCGGAACAGCAGAGGAGCGGAACAGCAGAGGAGCGGAACAGGGGAGGAGCGGAACAGCAGAGGAGCAGAACAGCAGAGGAGCGGAACAGCAGAGGAGCGGAACAGGAGAGGAGCGGAACAGGAGAGGAGCGGAACAGGAGAGGAGCGGAACAGGAGAGGAGCGGAACAGGAGAGGAGCGGAACAGGAGAGGAGCGGAACAGGAGAGGAGCAGAACAGGAGAGGAGCGGAACAGGAGAGGAGCGGAACAGGAGAGGAGCGGAACAGGAGAGGAGCGGAACAGGAGAGGAGCGGAACAGAAGAGGAGCGGAACAGGAGAGGAGCGGAACAGGAGAGGAGUGGAACAGGAGAGAAGCGGAAUAGGAGAGGAGCGGAACAGGAGAGGAGCGGAACAGGAGAGGAGCGGAACAGCAGAGGAGCGGAACAGCAGAGGAGCGGAACAGAAGAGGAGCGGAACAGGAGAGGAUUGGAACAGCAGGAGAUUGGAAAUGUAG